AUGGAGGUUAUCUCAGGUGUUGCUAGCGCCUUCGCAGUAGUAUCUCUCUCCGUGCAACUGCUUGAUAAGGUACAUAGUUUCUGUGAAUUCUGGGAAAAGGUACGGGGUGCACCAAAGGACAUCGUUGGUUUGGUACGAGAACUUCGUCUACUCGAGAGUGUGAUUCGGGAGAUACAACAUAAAGAGAAGCAAUAUGGACCAGAUGCGACUCUCGACCCGAUACUACGAAACGAUUGGAUUAGCAUCAGACGGCCGCGUGUUGCGCACUUGGAGCAGCUUCAAGAUAUCCUUACGCAGCAAUCAGCUGAUGCAAUUUCGACUCUCUUUGAGCGAGACCAAAGCUACGUUGCUAUUGGCUCGAUUCAAUCUCAACGAAAAGUACAGUAUCGUUUUCACGAGCAGACAAUGACUGCUUUGACUGAAGGUUUUACAAAGCUCAACGUGCAUAAGGCCGGUGGAACAGUUUCGACAGAACUAGAUGAGCCACUCGAUGUGCAAGGCCAUCUUGCGAGUCUGAAAUCGGAAAUGAGGCGAGUCACUGCUAAUGUCCCUCAGCCCUGGAUUCAGUCUGGCAUGCAAGCAGCCAUUGACAAAGCGGUAGAAGGCAUGGCUAAUAAGGCGCUCAUCUUCGAGUUCUGCGAGCAGGGAAAUGUCAUGGCGGUCAACUCUCUGCUAGCUAGUGGCCAGGCAUCACCAUGGGAUACCAACUCUAAGGGAUGGACUCCACUUCAUGUGGCAUCUUGGCAUUGCAACAUUCCUCUCAUCAAGACUUUGCUGCGAGCCGGAUCAAGUAGACAAGCUCUGACAUUCGAUUUUCCCAGUGGUAACUACGAGCACUGCUCCCCGUUGGUGACCGCUGCCACAAUCACAAGCACGAUACAAGUACCCUCGCAACAAAGAAUCGAAGCACUUCGUUUGCUCUUGGACGACUUGGAAUUUACAGACCAUGAAAGCCAGGCCUGGAAGAUGGUCUUGGUGGUUCUUGAACGAGAACGAGCAUCGACUGGUCUCUGCGACACUACAGAAGUCUCAGAAUGGAUUCUCGACACGUUCCUGAGUGAUAUCCGAGCGAACCACUCCCCUCCUAUCGUUGCAUGGUUACUCACGUUUUGCCUUGAAAGCCCUAAUCUGGUGCGCCGGGUGCUUGAUUUUGUUGGUAAUCUUGUCAAUGCUAGUGUUGUCGAAGGUGGCUAUACGCCUAUGCAUGGCAAGAUUGCAGAAAACUUCUCGGAUACGGUAGUACCUGGCAUUAAACUCCUCCUCGAGCAUGGCGCCGACCCACACCGAGUGGGUAUGACAUCUUCGUCCUAUGGUGGCGAUGAUUCACAACGACUAGAUACUCCCACCUCACUAGCUCUGCGGAGGUCAUCUUGGUUUUUUAAAUGGAGACAACUUAUCCGCGAUAUGGGGUAUGAUAUCAAAACUUUCAUCGCCGAUGAAUUAGCUCAAGCGCCACUGGUGACAGCUGGUUGGACGGUCGAAAGUCUCACGAAACUUUUCGAGCUGGAAUUUGAACCUGUAGAGCUGGAGCCCGAUCUAUGUACGCAGUGUGGUCGGACCGUAUAUCAUACGUUCGACCAUGAUGAGGUUUGGUGGAAUAAUCUGCUUUAUGACUUGAACGAGGAACCGAAAGCACGUGUCGGUGACUACGAAAUGCCGCUGAAUUUCCUUUCGACGCUUUGUAGUGAAGGCGUCCAAACAGAUGAAUGUGAGUCGCCCGUGUCGCCAGUUACAACUGCUUCCUCGGACUCGAGCGGCGAUAUUGAUCUGUGCUGGAAGUGUUCGAUCAUGCAGAGAAUAUAUGGUUCUAACUACGUACGCGGUCGGUUGUAG